UCCUUCCUCGUCUGUUCCUCAUCGCUGAGCCCAUUGAAGGAUUGGCUAAUGCUGAAGCUGCUGUUAGUGCCUUACCAACGCUGCUCCCAACACACAAUGGCAACACUUUCAGAUAUGAAGGAAGUCUUCCGGAGAGCAGAUGCUGUCUGUUUCGACGUGGACAGCACAGUCAUCAAAGAAGAAGGCAUAGAUGAACUUGCCAAAUUUUGCGGUGUGGGGGAUGCAGUCACUGAAAUGACCCGCAAAGCUAUGGGCGGCUCAAUGUCAUUCAAAACAGCCCUGAUUGAGCGUCUAUCCAUCAUCCGAUGUUCAAGAGAACAAGUGAACAAACUGUUAACAGACCAUCCACCCCAGCUGACUCCAGGUAUAAGUGAGCUUGUAGACCGCCUGCACCAGCGUGGCAUCAAGGUGUACCUCAUCUCAGGGGGCUUCCGCUGCAUCGUUGAACACGUGGCCACUCAGCUAAACAUUCCUCUUCAUCAUGUUUACGCCAACCGGCUCAAGUUCUACUUCAAUGGAGAGUAUGCUGGCUUUGAUGAGAGCCAGCCCACUGCUGAGGGUGGUGGAAAAGGGAAAGUCAUCAGUAUGUUGAAGGAACAAAAUGGUUUCGAG